AUGAGACAGCAAACAGAGAACUCCAAGAAAAAGUACAGCAAAUUUUCAAUUAUUGAGUUUGCUUCAUCAACUAGCUCGCUAAAGAAGGAGAAUCAUAAAGUUUCGAAUACAAAUUCAUCCACAUUAGAACACUUGCCAAAGAAGAGAGGAAGACCAACAAAGAAUACAACCACCAAAUCGAACAAAACAUGCAUGUUCAUAAAAUCAACUGAAACAAUACAUGCGUAUCAUCUUCCAAGAUACCAUCCAUACAUGCGUGUAAAUACGAAACUGAACCAAACUAAUUCUUCACUUGUUAAUAAUGUAAAUUGUAAAGAUUCAUCCUCUUGCUCUUCAAGAUCAUCCUCACCACCUACAACACAUUUAAAUUCUCAUACAACAAACACUAAUUGUAACUCUGUAAUUUAUAAGCAAAGAAUUGUAAGAACUUCAAUCUCCAUCAGAGAAUUGUUAAAUUAA